ACUGUCUCCCUGUUAGUUGUUCUCAGCGAUAGUUACCGAGUUCCCGAGCAGAAGGAGAGCCGGGCUGCGUGUCCCCGGCAGCUGAAGGCUCCUUUGUCCGCUCAGAAACGAGUUUGCCUCUUAAGUGUCGCGUCCCGUCAGUGAACACGAGUGGAUCGACGUCACUGGCCGACAUGCGGGCUUCACGGCCUCACAGAGAGCAGGCUUGCCCUGCUCAGGGGUCUAACUGCUGAGCAUGCUGGGUAAAGCACCACCAACUACGAGUAGUCUGAACCUGGUUAACUCUGAGGUGUGUGGCGGCUCAGCAGCCGCGGACGCAGCCGACGGCAUCACCAUGGCCGACCUCGUGGAGAGCCUGGACACCAGGGAGCUGGACAUGGGGGAGGCUGAGGAGAACGACUGUGAUGGAAACUUAGGGGACUGUCGCAUCCCGUUCUCAGCGGUGUACGCCACAGUGGGCUUCAAAGAGGCCGAGGCCAAGGUCUACCUGCCCACCGUGCCCAUUACUGCCCGGAUACAGGAGGUGGAGAGAUUCACCACCGCACAGGACCGCUUCAACCAGUCGCACCAGAGGAGUGUCAACAAGUCUCUGCCGGCCGUGUUUAAGAUCGAGCUGAAGCACGGCGAGUUCACCUGGGUGGUCAAGAGGAAGGAGAAACACUUCAUGGAGCUGCACAGAGAGCUGAGAACCUACAAGACCUUCAUGAGGAUACCGCUGCCAUCGCGCAGCCACACGGUGAGGAGAAGGACGGUGAGGAAGAGCGAGGUGAGGGAGAUGCCCUCCCUGCCGAGGGGGGUAGGGGACGAGCUGGUGCGGGACGAGCAGGUCUCCAGCAGGAGGAGACAAUUAGAAGACUAUUUGAACAAGCUGCUGAGGAUGGCAAUGUACCGCAAAUACCACCACACUAUGGAGUUCAUUGACAUCAGCCAGCUGUCAUUCAUUCAUGACUUGGGGCCCAAAGGACUAGAAGGGAUGAUCUAUAAGCGCUCAGGAGGACAUCGUAUUCCUGGCAUGAACUGCUGUGGUCACAGCCAGGCCUGCUACCGCUGGUCUAAACGCUGGCUGGUGGUGAAGGACUCGUGCCUGCUGUACAUGAAGCCAGACUCGGGGGCUAUCUCCUUUGUCCUCCUGUUGGAUAAAGAGUUCAGCAUCAAGAUGGACUCCAAAGACACAGAGCACAAACAUGGAGUCCGGAUUGAAAGCCUCUCCAGGACCCUGGUGUUUAAGUGCAGCAGCUACAGACACGCGCGCUGGUGGGGUCAGAGCAUCGAGAGCUUCGUGAGGAGUCACGGGAAGCCUUUCCUCCGGGAUCACCGCUGCGGGUCGUUUGCACAGGAGCAGGAGAACAUCCCGGCCAAGUGGUAUGUGAAUGGAAAGACGUACAUGGAGGACGUGGCUGAUGCUUUGGAGGAGGCUAAAGAGGAAAUCUUCAUCACUGACUGGUGGCUGAGUCCAGAGAUCUUCCUGAAGAGACCUGUGGUGGAGGGAAACAGGUGGAGGCUGGACUGCACCCUGAAACGCAAAGCACAACAAGGAGUGCGCAUCUUUGUGAUGUUGUACAAGGAGGUGGAGCUCGCCCUGGGCAUAAAUUCAGGCUACAGCAAGAGGACCCUCUCACGCCUGCACCCCAACAUCAAGGUGAUGCGUCAUCCAGAUCACGUGUCCUCCUCCGUCUAUCUGUGGGCGCAUCACGAGAAGAUUGUCGUCAUUGACCAAUCGGUGGCCUUCGUGGGCGGGAUCGACCUGGCGUACGGUCGCUGGGACGACAGAGAGCACCGGCUCACAGAUGUGGGCAGUGUGACACGCUCUGUAGCCCUCGAGCAGGCUGGCUCCACUGACGCUCCGCCCAGCAAGGGCGCGACCUCCGCCGCUGCCGUCUCCAGGAGCAAUGGACGAGGGACGCAGUCCGCUGAUCAGGUGGACCUGCCCAAGCUGAAGGGCAUGGGACGCAGCCGCAAGGCUCGCUUCAGCCUGUACAGACACCUGCACAAACACGCGCUGCAGCACGCAGACAGUGUGAGCAGCGUCGACAGUGCAGGGAGCGGUUCAGUGCAAAGCCUCAAGACAGGUGUCGGAGAGUUACAGGGAAACACACGCUUCUGGCAUGGAAAGGAUUACUGCAACUUUGUCUACAAGGACUGGAUCCAGUUGGAGAAACCUUUUGAUGACUUCAUCGACAGGUACACCACUCCCAGAAUGCCUUGGCAUGACAUCGCCUCGGUGGUGCAUGGCAGGGCAGCGCGGGACGUGGCCAGGCACUUCAUCCAGCGCUGGAACUUCACCAAGAUCAUGAAGCCAAAGUACCGCUCCCUCUCUUACCCGUUCCUGCUGCCCAAGUCUCACUCCAGUGCCGAUGACCUCAGAUACCAGGUUCCUGGCUGUGUCAAUGCCAAAGUGCAGGUGUUGCGCUCUGCAGCAGAUUGGUCUGCAGGUAUAAAGUACCACGAGGAGUCCAUCCACAGUGCCUACGUCCAGGUCAUCGCUAAGAGCAAGCACUACAUCUACAUCGAGAACCAGUUCUUCAUCAGCUGUGCCGACAACAAGACGGUCUACAACAAGAUCGGGGACGCCAUCAUUGAGAGGAUUCUUAGAGCUUACAAGGAAGGUAAGAAGUACCGUGUGUACGUGGUCACCCCGCUGCUCCCCGGCUUUGAGGGGGAUAUCACCACAGGAGGCGGGAACGCCAUUCAGGCCGUCAUGCACUUCAACUACAGAACCAUGAUCAGAGGAGAGUACUCCAUCAUCUCCCAGCUGAAAAAGGAGAUGGACGACCAUUGGAUGAACUACAUCUCCUUCGCCGGCCUGCGGACUCACACUGAGCUGGAGGGACGCCUGGUGACAGAGCUCAUCUACGUGCACAGCAAGAUGCUCAUCGCUGACGACAACACGGUCAUCAUCGGUUCCGCUAACAUCAACGACAGAAGCAUGCUGGGCAAACGUGACAGCGAGGUGGCGGUGAUCGUCGAGGACUCUGAAAAGGUCGCCGCAGUAAUGGACGGACAGGAGUACGAAGCUGGACCCUACGCGCUUCAGCUCCGCCUCGAGUGCUUCCGAACCGUCCUCGGAGGUCACACUGACUCCAGUAUCGACAUGUCCGACCCCAUCAGUGAUCGCUUCUACAAGGAGGUGUGGAUGACCACCGCUGGACGCAACGCCACUAUAUACGAGAAGGUGUUUCGCUGCCUUCCAACGUCCCUGGUGAGGAACAUGUCCGAGCUGGAGCAGUACCAGUCCAAACCGGGUUUGGCCCAGACCGACUCGACCCGCGCUCAGGAGGAGCUGCGCAAGAUCCGAGGCUUCCUGGUGCAGUUUCCUCUGGACUUCCUGUCUGAGCAGAACCUCAUGCCCUCGGUUGGAACGAAGGAGGCCAUGGUCCCAACGGAGAUUUGGACUUAGAGGACGCGCCGCAGCUGCCAGCCACUUGCACAUCCAAAUGUAUUUCUUGGAUUAUGGUUGUCGCCGCAUGUGUAAUGUCGGAUUAUAGGAGAGAGAUUGCCUUUAAUCCUAAAAACAAGUGUCUCCUCUGGAUUGAUCCGACUGCUGGGCAUCAACAAAUCCCUUCAAUCUGGUUCUAAUGAGAAAACACUGAACUGUAGUGAGAGUUUUAUUUCGGGGUUUGGCGUUUUGGGAUGUAUGGAGAAGAGAACGUUGUAGCACUUGAGGACAAUAUUUAUGACUGCAGUCAACCUGCAGAGAUGAGAAACAAGGACACGGGAACUUUGGGUUUUGGGAAUCCACUCUUUGGACUGUCGGAAAAGCUCACGAGACAGCGAGGAUGUCGAGAAGUAACCAGGGGGGAGGCGGCAGUAACAUUUUUCACGGUGACACUAACUAAUGUUCGUCUCUUGGUUUAAAAUGAUCACACAGAGGCGAUUGGCUCCGUCUUGGGUCUUCGAUUGUAAGCUUUGUCGGCCGUUUAAAGGCUCCCGGAGGAGUGGUUUAUAAGCAGCAAUCCUUAAGGAUCUUUAUUUUUUAACAAAUACAAAAUCGUGCCAUCAGUCUUUGCUGUGCCGUACAGUGACAAUUUCACUAAUAAGACAGUGGUGCAUGAUUUUAAUGAAUGUGCUACAAUGCAUGUACCAAUCCAGUUCUGAUCAAACCCUCAGAUAUGAUAUUUUCUUUCAAAGGUGUUUUGUGACUUGGUUCUCAGAUGUGAGGUCUGAAGACAAGCUGCAAUGUUCACGGGGGGGGG